AUGAGGGCCGUGCUCUGGGACCUGCUGCUGCUCUGCCUCUUCGCCCGGGCACGGGGCGACUGCCGGGGGGACUGCCUGCGCUGCGACCGCCAACUCUACAGGGACAGCUUCGACGUCCUCGUCUGCAUCCUGGAGUGCGAAGGCGAAGCUGUGCCGCGGGCCACCUGGGAGAUGUGCGCCGCCUCCAACCGAGCCGCCCCGCGGCGGGGGGCCACCGGUGCCGGCGUCUUUGGUGCCGCGGGGCCGGCGGAGGCGGCGGCGAGCCCGCUGCAGGUAAGCGAGCUGCUGCGGCGGCGGGACGCCGAAGACGGAGGCGCGGGGACGGCGCCGGGCGCUUUCCCGUCGCGGGACGAGGACAUUUCCCGGCGGCUCGGCGGUGGCUUCCCGCGGGGGACGCGCGGCUCGUGGCCGGUGGCCCGAGGGGUGCAGAAGCGGUACGGGGGCUUCAUCGGGGUGCGCAAGUCGGCGAGGAAGUGGAACAACCAGAAGAGGUUUAGCGAGUUCCUGAAGCAGUACCUGGGCAUGUCGCCCCGCUCCACGUUCCGGCACCGCGUCCCGGCACCCGCCACCAGGCACAGGCAAAAUUAG